CUUCUCAUCCCCAAUCUCUCUCAAUCUCCCUCUUUUGCUCACUUUGUUUUCUAGUGUUAGAGGGCAAAAAAAAAAACAAUGGCUGCGAUGAGUGUGGUGUGCAUAGCCUGUCUUAUCUCGUUAAUGUGGGUGGCUGAAGCCAGAAUCCCUGGGGUUUACACUGGGGGUUCAUGGGAAAGCGCUCAUGCUACCUUCUAUGGAGGCUCUGAUGCCUCUGGCACCAUGGGUGGAGCUUGUGGAUACGGCAACCUCUACAGCCAAGGCUACGGCGUGAACACUGCUGCCCUUAGCACAGCUCUGUUCAACAAUGGCCUGAGCUGCGGUGCCUGCUUCGAGAUCAAGUGCGCAGAUGACCCAACGUGGUGCCACUCCGGCAGCCCAUCAAUCCUCAUUACUGCCACUAACUUUUGCCCGCCAAACUUUGCCCAACCCAGCGACAAUGGCGGCUGGUGCAACCCUCCUCGCCCUCACUUUGACCUCGCCAUGCCCAUGUUCCUCAAGAUUGCCGAGUACCGUGCCGGAAUUGUCCCCGUCGCCUUCCGCCGGGUGUCAUGCCGCAAGCACGGAGGUAUCAGGUUCACAAUCAACGGCUUCCGCUACUUCAACCUGGUCCUGGUCUCCAACGUCGCGGGUGCAGGGGAUAUCGUGCGCGUGCUCGUGAAGGGCUCCAAGACUGGCUGGAUGAGCAUGAGCCGAAACUGGGGUCAAAACUGGCAGUCAAACGCAGUGUUGGUGGGGCAACCAUUGUCGUUUAGGGUCACGGGGAGCGACAGGCGCACCUCAACCUCGUGGAACAUAGCCCCAGCCAAUUGGCAGUUCGGUCAAACUUUCACAGGGAAAAACUUUAGGGUUUGAUGAAAUGGAAGUCGUCAAAAAAAAAAAAAAGAGGGUGGAAAAAAGUCAACAUUUUACAAUUCCCGCCAUGACUUAUUUCCAUUUUUACCAGUUUUGAGAUGCUGUUUUUGACUGGGUUGUUGGGGAACGUGAAAGUUUUAUUAGACUAAAUUAAUAAGAGAGUGAAAUGGGGAGGGUUUUGGGAAGGAAAACUGGAAAAGAACCGGUGAAUGGGAAUUUUUAUUACUUUUUUACUUUUUGGAUUGGUGGGGUUUUUGGGGGGGGAGUGUGCGACUGAGUGGGGGGUGUGAAGCUGUAGUAUAACUGUGCAAGGUAAAAAUCAUUUGAGAAGGUUGUAGGGUAAUUAGUGCUGAGGCGGCUGCACAAGAUUGCAGCCCGCAGCUUUAUAAUAUUUAGUGUUUAUAUAGCAUGAUGAUGAAUAUCAUUUGAGAAGUGUAUUGUACUAAUUUUAAUAUUUUAUAUAGUUGAAAUGGAAAGUAUUUGGUUUGUUUCAA